GGAGUAUAAAUUGAAAUGGGAGUGUGUGUGCUUCACAUGUGCCUCCCAGUUCAAUUAGAAGGCGCAUCACACAAGGGAAGCUUCUGUGAACAUCAGGGCCUGUGGAAGACUGAACUGAGUUUGUGCACGUGUCUGAGGACUCUUGAUUGCAUUGCCAGACCUGUACAUCCUCAUCAGAACACCAGGGAGAUCAUAAGUCACAAGGCAGAAAUGUGUGAUCAUCAAGAAAAAGAGCACAAGCACAGAAGACCACCUGGCUCAAAAGCUCCACAUGUGAAGCACCACCAUCAAAAUCAAGGCCAUCAGCGUCACGAUAAUAAACAAAGGUUGGAUGACGAUAGUCAUGACACUCAUUCAACAGCAGAGGAGAGCAUUUUGAGUGAUCAUCAUACCAACCGUCAACAUCAGUCCGAAUCUCACCAUUACCACCACAAGCAAAACCAUCGUCAUGUUUCUCUUUCACAAACUUCCUCAAGUUCCUCAAGCCAUUCUUCUUCAUCCUCUUCAUCUUCAUCGACAUCCUCAUCUUCCUCUUUGUCCUCCUCCUCUUCUUCUUCCUCCUCCCCUUCCUCUUCCUCUUCUACAACAUCUUCCUCUUCUUCUAGUCUGUCUUCUGAGAACAGCAGCAGCAGUGACACUUCAGAUAGCAAUCCUUUCAGGAAGCCACAGCAUUCACAAUCCUGGACCGAUAUCUCUGGAAAACACAAGUACUUUGAUGAAGGAGAUGACAUGGCUCCUUUGAUAAACAAACCAGCUAAUCUAAAUGAGCUGCCCAACAAACAGAAACAAGAGAAAAGCAAGUCCUCUCGUUGUGGCCCCAAAAAAGGAACAUUAAAAAGCCCUAAGAAAAUUACAAGAAGCUUUGAAAAUGAUGGAAGUUUCCGCAAAGCCAAAUCAAUGGAGGCUCUCACCACACCCAAAGACAAAGGACAUGGAAAUGAGGAUGAAAAUGAAUCGGAGAAGAGGAAAAAUGAAGCCAGGAAAAAUUUAAUGAAAGAAAAAAUGAAGUUCUCUGCUUUUCUUAAUGAGAUUACUCGGCAGGUGCUCAGCCCAAUGAGGCUAACCACUCUUGGCGUGACAGAUGCGCAACGACCCAGCAGUCCAGGGCAGGCCUCUCUUAGAUCCAGGAAGGCGGACAGCAGGACUGACAAACCUAGACAGCAAAGAAGCCGGCCCACCAGUGCGGACUCAAUUAGCUCCAGCAAAUAUUCACACUCUUCGCAGUUGUCUCAGUCUAAAUCUUUCCACGGUGAAAGUCGCUAUUUUGAAGAGUCACCCCAUCACAUGCAUCAUAGGCCAAAAAGCUGCACAGAAUUCAGCUGUUUUAGAAGACGUCACUCAUGGUCUCAAUCUCCUGAGCGUCACUCCCAUUCUUUUAAGCGCUACCGUAACCACCACAAAGGAGACCAUGAGACUUCUAGUCCCCAUCACCAUCAUCAUUACCAUGGAAAUAGCCCAAGUCAUCAUCAUCAUCACAGAAAGGACCACAGUCCUGUUUAUCCCCAUGGAGAUUCACAUAGCCAUACUUACCACAACAAAGAUUACCACACUGCAUCACAUCACCAUUACCAUGGGCAACAUCGACAUAGAGAACCCUAUAGCCCAUCCCAUCAUCAUAGUAGUGCACACCAUCACCACCAAGGCAAGCACUACGGUCAUGUUCAUCACCAUCACCAUCAUCAUGUAGACCACAAUAGCCAAGGCCAUCACCAAGGAGACCAUGAUAGUCCAGACCAUCACCAUCAUCACAAAGACCACCAUAGUCCAGACCAUCACCAUCAUCACAGAGACCACCAUAGUCCAGACUAUCACCAUCAUCACAGAGACCACCAUAGUCCAGACCAUCACCAUCAUCACAGAGACCACCAUAGUCCAGACCAUCGCCAUCAUCACCAAGAAGACCAUAGCCAAGGUCAACACCAUCACCAUGGAGACAACCAUAGUCUAGACCAUCAGCAUCAUCACAAAGACCACCGUAGUCCAGACCAUCACCAUCAUCACAGAGACCACCAUAGUCCAGACCAUCGCCAUCAUCACCAAGAAGACCAUAGCCAAGGUCACCACCAUCACCAUGGAGACCACCACAGUCCAGACCAUCACCGUCAUGGUGGAGACCAUCACAAUCCAGACCAUCACCAUCAUCACGGAGAUCACCAUAGCCAAGGCCAUCACCAUCACCAUGGGGGCCACCACAGCCCAAACCAUCACCAUCACCAUGGGGACCACAAUAGCCCAGAACACCACCACCAUCAUCAUAGGGAUCACCACAGUCCAGUGCAUCAGCAUCACGGAGACCACCACAAUCUGGGGCAUCCCCAUCAUCAUCAUGGAGACCACCACAGUCAAGAUCAUCAUCACCAUCAUCAUAGAGACCACCACCUUUCAGACCAUCAUCGUCAUCAUGGAGACCAUCACAGUCCAGACCAUCACUAUCUACACCGUGACCAUCAUAGUUUGAACAUUCACCAUCAACAUGACCACCACAGUCUAGAUCAUCAUCAUGAUGAUGUUGAUAGUUCAGGCCAUCAUCACCAGGAAGAUCAACAUAGGGAAUCUCAUCACAAUCAGCAUCAUGGAGACCAACACAAUCCAGGCCAUUGUGUACAACAUGGAGACCACUACAGAUCAGGUCAUCACCACCAUGAAUCACAUCCCAACCAGCACCACUCAAGAAACAAUGAUCUUGACCAUGAUGACCACCACACUCAUUUGAAGGGGCAUUCUGCUGGCAGUCCACCGGCACACAGGAAGACAGAGCCUCUUUCCAUUAAACCAGAGUCUUCCGGGACAACAACAAGCAACCCCAGCAGCCACGAAGAGGAACGAACAAGUUUCAUUGGUCCAUCAUUACAUCAAGAGAAGAAACAGGAGCUGGGUAGAAUCAUGAUAAUACAGGAACAAAAUGAAGGUCUGCACCACAGUUUGCUGAAGACAGCUGUGAGGAUGGAGUGUUUGGGAGAGGAAUUCAUGAGUAGCCAAAAGCUGUUGGAGGCAGAACUUCAGAGGACACGCACAGAGCUCAGCAACCUCACGGAGAGGUUUAAGAGACUACAUGAUAACUGCUCCUCCACACAGCAGACUAAUAAUGUUCUGGAGCAAAAGCUUCACUCAGUGACUCAAAAUAUGGAAGAAGAACGACAAAGGUUGAACCGUCGUAUUUCAGAGCUGACACAGCAGCUUGGUAAUGUGAAAUUUGCCAACUCUGGCGAAGUGUUCAGUGUGACUUCUGCAAUACACAAAAACAACCAUCAUUUUCAGUCAGAUGAUACCAUUAAUCAGGUGGUUCUCCCAAUCGCUCCCCCUCCAGUUCAGUUUAUGGACAACGAUAAUUUUGGAAAGGUUAAAGCUGCUGGGCAGGAGCAACCUCUAGGGUCAGUCCCAGAGGAGGAGGAAUCUGACUGGUCUGAAAUGGGAGAAGAGACCCCACGGCUUAUACUGACAGGAUCAAACAGGGGUCAGACCUGGAGACACCGGGAAGCAGACCUGGACAGAGACAGCGAGUCAGGAAGUGAGGAAAUUGCCAGACGACACUCUCCACGCCCACUGCAAAUACCUCAUCUUCAGUUCACCUCCCACAGUGACAAUUUACCUGCACCACAAACUAGUUCUCGCCCUUCUGGCAUGAAGAAUCUUUCUGAUGGCAUUACAGGUGAGGGAAGUUAUAGGUCCUCUAGUCCAAAUCACGGAUCUGCCAUUCUUAUCCGGUCAGCAAGCCUGGAGGAAAUUCCUCUGGCAUGCCAUCACAUGCAAAAAGAGCUGAGAGGCACAGAGGCCAUGAUGGACCUCCGCCAUCGAGGGAAUGAAGCUACUGAGGAUUUAGAUAAUGAGAUCAUUCAUCAUUGGAACACAAGCAACCACAGGGUUAUUGGGAGGCCAAUAGAUAGCAGUAUGUCAGAGGCAGAUAGCAGCUUGGCCAGCCUGCAGUCAGCCGAGCGGAUGCUAAACCACUUCAUAUGUGAUUCAUACACUACAGAGGGAAGAGAGCAGGACAGGGCUGAAGUACAUGGCUGGAUAGGAGGGAUUCCAGAUGAGGUGCUGAAAGGAGAGCGAACAAAGCUGUGACAGUAACAUGACUGUACUAAAAUCCUAAUUUAAUGUAGCUAUAGUAGAAAGUUUAAUGAAUAAGCUCAUUUUAGUGGUUUAUGGGUUCAGCCACAUUAAUUUGAUGUUUGAUGUAAUUUAAUUUUUGAAUUUGAAAAGUAGAUUUUAUGGAUUUACUUUGAUAAACUGAUGCUGUCACUUUCCUACUGUCCAACUGGUGUAUCCAAUAAAAGCGAUGAGUUUCUAGCUUUAAAUUAUUAUAGCUGGCAUUUGCUGAAAGUGAUUGUUGGUCGAUGAAUACUAUAUAUAUAAAUGUGCACCUUGGAAAAUCCUGUACAGCUUAGAUAAACUGAUUAAUUCAUCGUAAAAUGUAAAUGUGUAUUUUUGUUGCAUAGAUACAAAUAGAAUGGUCAGCCAAAACCACUGACAGGUGAGCCUCCAAGGCGCCACCACAGAGCCCACAUGAUCCAAAGGUUCCACUGCUGAAACAACAAAACAGCCACAGUUCAUACUCUGACAGGUCAAAUGUGGUUUUGUGGCUAAAGGACGACAUACACAAUGUUAGGCAGGUGGCUGAUCAGUGCAGUUCCUUUUCUUUUUUCAUCAUUGCAGAAUUUUAAAAAGUCAUCAUAUAAGUUAUACUUAUUUACAUAGCUAGCUACUGUUAGACACUCUUGAAUGCUAUAAACAACAUCAAGCACAAUUUAAAACAGUUAAAAAGAUCAUAUUGAACCUGAUUUCCUUUUAGUUUAUAGUAAAAUGUAAUUAUGAUAGGCUUGCCUUACAUGCUACUGAUAAUAUAUAUAUACUUAUAAAUACGGUAUUGCUAUAGCUUUUAAAAUGUGAAAAUUAUCUUAAGUUUGCUGUUUUCCUUCUAUUACAAUAUCCUGCCAAAAUAAAAGCUUGCAAAUGAA